UUUGUGCUUUUCAUGGUGCGUUCAAAAUGUUGCGACAGAUGUUUACGGUUGUUUGUCUGACUGAGCAAAACCUCUCCGAAACACUGCAUAAUAGUCAGCAGUGUUCUGAUGCACAGCAACAUUUUGUAGAGAAGCACACUGACUGCAGUGAGGUUCACGAUUGUGCCAAGCAGCCAAGACCUUUUGGGUUUGAAAUGGAAGAGGACUCUGUUUCUGCUUCAUCGGUAGACAGAGAGUUGGCAUGUGCAUCCAUGCAUCUGCCUAACUCAUGGGGCGUAGAUUUGGCGCAUGAUGCCAUGUGCUCAGAACUACAUGAAUGUGAAUGUAAUUUAGUUGACUUGCAAAAGGUGUCUCAGAAACGCAAUCAUCCAAAAGGAAUGUUGAGAAUGGACAGGAAUGAAUCACUUGCGAAAAAUCAGCUUGCUCCUACCAGAGCAGAGAGAAGCAUCAGUUCCAGAAAUGUGCAGCUGCAACCCACUGAGGACAGUUGUACUAGGCAAGGCCAUGGAGUUAAAGAAGUGGAUAGUAUCAGAAGCCAUAUUCAGAGUAAUUCCAGCUCUUACAUAAUGGAGGGAUCAGUUUUGCCGGUCGGCGGGAUAUUCGAGAUUCUGUUACAUUACUACCUGUCCUGCUAUGCAAAGCAGUGCCAGUCACCAAACGUAUCCAUUCUUUGUGCUGUAAUUGCUGAUGCGUUGCUCAGUGUUCCAAAAACCCUCUGUAGGGCACAGAAAAGGGAUGCUUUUCCUCAACUCUAUCUUGAAGUUACCAGCGCUGUCAGAAAUAAUCAACCUCUUCUGCCAAAUCAAGAAAGGUUAGAAUCAGUGUCCUGUAAGUACCAAUUAGUGGCUUCCAUUCUUCAAUGUGCAGCUAGGCUUUUAAGUAUUGAUCUUAUUGUUGGCAUUAAGAGGUUACCUCAGAAGACCGAAGAAAGCGAUUCAGAAGCUGAUCUGUGAAUAAAGGGUUUUCGUAUGCAAGUGAUGCAGUUGCGAGAACCAGCUACGUCCUUUAGUCUUCCUUAGUCCAGUGUACUUCUAUGCAGCCCCAGGACUGUUCAGAUCCUAACAGAAAGGUGGAGAGAGCGGACAUUGGCUACAAAUUUUCUUAAAUCCCAUAAUGUAUUUCUGGCCGAUAGAUUGGGUAUAGAUUUAGACCAGGAAUUGUGACACAUUGAGGCUGCAAUUCUAAAGUCACCUAUCUAGGAGUAAUUGAAUUCGUUGGGACUUACUUGAGGGAGGUGCUUGGAUAGGUGCCCCAAUCCAAAUUUUAGAGAGCUCAUUUGGAAGGAAACACUGGCGAUGAUGAAUGCUUUCUGGAAAUGUUGGGGAAACUUGCUUCCGCACUACAUAGGUUGAGACUGAUUUAGCAUGUUUAUCUGUCAUAAUAAACAAAACUUUAAAAGCA